AUGGCCGUGGUCAUCCCCAGUGCCCAGGUGCCAGCCCUGCUGGUAGCCUCUGGCAGGGACCGGCAGCCAGAGCAGGGGGAUCAGCCGCUCCCUGUCCCCACAGGCAGCGUGGUCAGUGUUGGCCGCAGGCAAAGCCAUCACCGACCACUCUCACUGCCCACAGGUGUCCCAAGGAUGUGGCCGCUCUUGCUCACCUGGGCACUGGCCGUGCUAGGCCUCGCAGCUGGCUCCAACCCCGAUCCCACCGCGCCGCCUCCGGACGGGGCCUCCAUCUUCGCUGACCUGUCCGCGGCAGAGCUGCGCGCCGUGCGCACCUUCCUGAUGAGCCGCCCGGAGCUGGGGCUGGCCCCAAGCCGGGGGGCGCCCCUGGCCAAGAACACCCUCUUCCUGGUGGAGCUGCUACCCCCCAAGAAGCGCUCAGCCCUGGGAUACCUGGACCAGGGCGGUCCCCGGCCUCAGCGUCAGGCCCGCGCCGUCGUCUUCUUCGGGGGGCAGGCAGAGCCCAACAUCACUGAAUUUGCCGUGGGGCCGCUGCCCCGGCCCAGCUCCUACCGGGCCCUGCGCUUCAAGGGUGGCCGCGCCGUGCCCUUCACCGCCCGGCCCAUGACCCAGCUGGAGUAUGAGCUACUGCACCGCAUGCUGUUGACAGCCCUGGAGCCGUUGUACCCGCUGCUGCGCCACGCCACCGGCAUCUGGUUCCACAACUGCUCCCAGCGCUGCCUCACCUUCUCAGACAUUGCGCCGCGGGGCCUGGCGCCCGGCGAGCGCCGGAGCUGGCUGGUGGUGCAGCGCUUCGUGGAGGGCUUCUUCCUGCACCCCGUGGGGCUGGAAGUGCUGGUGGACCACGGGGACCCCGACCCGCGGCGCUGGGCGGUGCGGCGGCUCUGGUACAACGGGCGCUACUUCUCCAGCCCGCGGGAGCUGGCGCGGCGCUUCGAGCAGGGCACGCUGGCGGUGGCGCGGCUGCCCGAGCCCCCGGCGCACGGGCUGUUCUCCAGCUAUGAACCCCGCGGGCGCUUCGCCACCGACACCCCCACCGAGGUGCACGGGGCCAAGGUGUGCGAGCCCCAGGGGCGGCGGUACCGGCUGCGGGGCAACCGGCUGGAGUACGGGGGCUGGAGCUUGGCCUUCCGCCUGCGCUCCUCCGCCGGCCUCCAGCUGUUCGACGUGCGCUUCAACGGGGAGCGCCUGGCCUACGAGGUGAGCGUGCAGGAGGCCAUCGCCUUCUACGGCGGCCACACGCCCGCCGCCAUGCAGACCAAGUACAUGGACACCGGCUGGGGCAUGGGCUCCGUCAGUUACGAGCUGGCCCGCGGUGUGGACUGCCCCGAAGUGGCCACCUACCUGGACGCCCACCACUUGUACGACUCCGACGGGCCCAUGCGCUUCUCCCGCGCCAUCUGCGUCUUCGAGCAGCCCACGGGCGUCCCGCUCCGCCGCCACUUCGACAGCGACUUCCAGGGCGGCUUCCACUUCUACGCCGGGCUGGAGGGGCAGGCGCUGGUCCUGCGUACCACCUCCACCGUCUACAACUACGAUUACAUCUGGGACUUCCUCCUCUACCCCAACGGCGUGAUGGAGGCCAAGGUCCACGCCACCGGCUACAUCCACGCCACCUUCUACACGCCCCAGGGCCGGCGUUACGGCAGCCGCGUCCACAGCCACGUCCUGGGCAACCUCCACACGCACCUGGUGCACUACAAGGUGGACCUGGAUGUCGCAGGCAUUGGCAACAGCUUUGAGACGAUGGAUGUGCGCUUCGAGAACAUCUCCAACCCCUGGAGCCCUGGUGCCCGCGUGGUGCAGCCCUGGCUGCACCGGGAGCUGCGCCGCAGCGAGCGCCAGGCCGCCUUCCCCUUUGGCACGGCGCUGCCACGCUACCUCCUGUUCUACAACCCGCGCCAGCGCAACCGCUGGGGCCACCCGCGCAGCUACCGCAUCCAGCACAGCUCCCACGCCGGGCGCGUGCUGCCACGUGGCUGGCAGGAGGAGAAGGCUGUCUCCUGGGGCAGGUACCACCUGGCAGUGACACGGCACCACGAGAACGAGCCCAGCAGCAGCAGCAUCUACUCCCAGAACAACCCCUGGGAGCCUCUGGUCAGUUUUGAGGGCUUCCUCCGAAACAAUGAGAGCAUCGAGGACCAGGACCUGGUGGCCUGGGUGACCGUGGGCUUCCUGCACGUCCCACACGCCGAGGACAUCCCCAACACGGCCACCCCUGGCAACGCCGUCGGCUUCUUCCUGCGCCCUUUCAACUUCUUCGACGAGGACCCGUCGGUGGCAUCGCGCAGCCCCGUCAUCGUGCGGCCUCUGGACCCUCCCACCUUCUCCCGGCUGCAGGUGCAGCGCUGGACCCCCGACAGCCCCGGCCCCUGCGUGGCCCCGGAGCCCUUCACCUACAACGGCACGUACCGCCCGGAGUGA